GGCCAGGGGAUGCACAAACAUCUGCAACUUUUCGCUGGCUUCGAUUCUGGCUGAAGGGGAAGGGCGUCCGCGGAGAGGGUGCAUCGAGGCGAUAUUCAAACCCCGUCUUCAUGCUUCCAUGCAUUCACGAUGCUCUUGGGUCGGAGUAGAAGACAAAUCUGGCCGCGCAGUGACAUGGGGGCUUUCGAUUAUUUAAGCUCAGGACUGGCUCGAUUCCAUUCUUGAGAAAGAUCAUACCAAGGAGGGGUUUAUGUCCGCUGAACCAGUUUUCUAAAACCCAAGUCGUUACCACGCCGUUUCCACAACGAUGGCUGAUGGACCAGCGAGCGGUCCAGAAGACCAGGCAAAAUCGGCAAUCUCAAGCCAAGAAGGUUCAGUCGACCAGGCGGAAGGUAUACCGACCUCAUUGCUUUUGAAUUGGGGCGGUCACUGAUGCAAUGCAGCAUGCUCUGAAGCUGAUGCCACGCAUGCGGAGAGUGACGGGGCCAACUCGCCUUCCAUGGAGGAGGAGAGUAGCACCACAGAGAGCCAAGAGGCAGAGAUACCCGAUACAAUUCCACAUGGUGAAGCUUGCCUUCACCUGUCAUUUCCCGGGGGUGUGACCACGCCCGAGGUCUACCCAGAGGACCUGGAUCUGGACCGGGAUGAACUUCCUUCACCCAAAUCGACUUCGUCCGAGAAGUAAACAGUAUGCCCUGAGGCAAGUGACUGUCAACAGCGCGAAAUCCACGGUUUACCGGUAUGAUUUCAUGGCAUCGGCGGGCAAGCUUCGCAUGGACAACGUUUCGAUGAUAGAAAAAAAUGGGUAUGGUGUUCUGUUUCGGCGAAACGGCCAGGGAUGUAAAUCCUUUAAGAGCAGAGUCAGCGUAGUUUCAACAACUUUCUGCAAGAGUGUAACGGGCACAGGCUGGGAUCAGAGAGAAGAUAAGUUCAACACAAUGGGAGGUCAAUGGAAGCAAUCAUCUAGCUAAGCCGAGGCUGCUUCCAACCCAAUUCAGGCUAAGGAUGAUACAAAAAGUUCAUCAUCAUGGUCUAGGUAAUGCAGGCAAUGAGGUGUGCUUACCGGUUCCGACUCUGCUCAAUCUGGCAUUUCCUCCACAACCAUGUCACAAUAUCUGACCUUCGGCCAGAAGGUUACCAGCAUUAUUCUUUGGGCACAGGGAACACAAGGCCCUUAUGCUGUUGAUGAAGAGCCAGGUGAUCAGACCUGCCCCAGCUUGGGCCAUAAGAACUUCUUCGGAGUGGUUCCUGAGUCGGCAUUGUCCUCCCG